AUGAAUGGUGACGAAGCAGUCAAGACCUACGAAGACAAUCAAGGUUCCAUCGCUUUGGCCAAGAACCCCAAGUCUCACAAGCGGACCGAUCACAUCGACAUUCCAGAUCACUUCGUGCGUGAGAAGGUGGCAGAAGGAAAUGUGGUGCUGGAUUUUUGCUCGAUUAAGGUCAUGAAGGCUGACGUAAUGACCAUGCCAAUUCCGGCAGUUCAGUUCCGGUAUCUCCGAACAAUGUUGGGCAUCAAGGCGCCAUAG